CUAGGUCUCUCAGCAACUUUGUAAGCAGCAGCCUGUAUCAGACUGCUGGCUGUUACCUUGUGGGAGUACAUUCGCUGGAUGUCACAGAAGAGUGUGUUUGUGCAGAGAAAAGACAGUGACAGACCAAACGAUGCGAGGUAUAAAGUACAAGCUUUGUCUCAAAACACUUUGUAUUGUCUGUACCGUGGUAAUGCUGAUGGAAAUCCUGACUUCAUAUGAGUUGUCCAGAAAAGUAGGUUCAGUGUUUGUGGACGCAGGACAGAAACUCCAUACCGGACCCAAUCAUACGGGGACAGGAACUGCUAGAAAAGAGCACACGGAGGCCUCGGGUACCUCAGUAAGGAUGACGUCACCGCUAACACAACAGCAACAACAUCAGGAACUGGUAUUUCAGGGGACAAACCCGACAGAAGAUGACUUCAUCCGGAGACAAAAGCGUUACAUGGAUGCCUGCGCCUCAUCAAGUUCUGGUUCAAUUCUGGAAGUAUUCGUAUACGAGCCAAAUCGUCUCGCUGUCUGCCACACACCAAAAGUUGGAUGCACAUUUUGGAAAAGAAUCAUGAGCUAUCUGCUACAAGAAACAGGAAAGACGGUUCAAAGCCCAUACGAAAUUGACAGAUAUUAUAUCCAUCACGGUGCAAAACCCAACCGAUUUGCCCAUAGAUCCACAGACCCAAGAUUGAAGGCCAUGUUACCAAACUUAACACGUGUGGCGUUCACGCGUGAUCCUUAUUCCCGACUGUGGUCAGCCUUUGUUGACAAAAUAAUAUUACCAGACUCCUGGAAGGAUCAUGGACUAAGUAUUUACAAACACCGGAGGCUUGGUAACGUGGAAUGUCCCUUAAACAUAACAUUUGAAGACUUUCUAAUCUAUGCAACCAACAAAAGAAGCGAUGUACACUGGAACCCACUGUACACCGUGUGCAACCCUUGUACAUUGUUUCCCCAAUAUAUUGGCAAAAUGGAAACAUUCUCACGGGAUACGAAAUACAUUCUAAAUAAAGUUGGUCUUGGAUAUUUGUUAUCUAACAAGAGUCAAACGAGCCAUGCAGAAGAUGAAAUGCGGAUGCUAAUUGCCUAUCACUUUGAACUGCAAUCAAGAAGAGACAUUAAUAAGAAAUGUCUCACGACGACAGACGUCACUAGGAGACUGUGGCGGGCCUUUCAAUUUAACGGAUACAUCUCACUUGAUGAAGUCUUUCCAGAGCAGAGAGUCCAGGAGGUAGUAGAUGGAUUAGGUGUUCCACAAGCUAGAGAUGAAGUCACUAGACUGAUUCUUCAACAUUACAGGGAUAGUACGGCAACAAAUGUGAAGAAACAAAGACGUACUGUUCUGGUGAAUGCAUAUAAACAAAUUCCUCUUGAUCUUCGAGAGAACAUCCGCAAAAAGUAUGAACAUGAUUUCGAUCUAUAUGAUUACGAGCCAUAUCCAGCAGAUAUAUUCCCAGAGAAGACUCACUGACCACUUGAGUUCACUUUAUCAAUAUAUGUUGGCCAAUAAGCUACAUAGCAAAGCUUCA